AUGGGGGAAUUUCCUGCUUUCAAGGAGCUCCUGUGGGAGAAAAGUCAGCCGGCUGAGGAAAGGAUUGCCGUGCGGGGUGACCUGCCUGAGUCCCCAGCCCGUGGCAAGGAUGACUUUGAGUGCAGCAGAGAAGAACUUGGUGACGCUACUCAAGUUUAUUGGAAAGCUGACAAUAAUGCCAUUUAUCAAGUGGAUGGGAGUAAAUCUUUCAAUUUUGAUCGUGUCUUUCACAGUAAUGAAACCACUAAACAUGUGUAUGAGGAAAUAGCAGUACCGAUCAUUGACUCUGCCAUACAAGGCUACAAUGGUACUAUAUUUGCCUAUGGGCAGACUGCCUCAGGAAAAACACACACUAUGAUGGGGUCAGAAGAUUGUUUAGGAGUUAUACCCAGAGCAAUCCAUGACAUCUUCGAAAAAAUCAAGAAGUUUCCUGAUAGGGAAUUUCUUCUACGUGUGUCUUAUAUGGAGAUAUACAAUGAAACCAUCACAGAUUUACUUUGUAAUACUCAAAAAAUGAAACCUUUAAUAAUUCGGGAGGACAUCAAUAGGAAUGUAUAUGUUUCUGAUCUUACUGAAGAAGUUAUUUAUACAUCAGAGAUGGCUUUGAAAUGGAUCACAAAGGGAGAAAAAAACAGACAUUACGGAAUUACCAAAAUGAAUCAAAGAAGCAGUCGUUCUCAUACCAUUUUUAGAAUGAUUUUGGAAAGCAGAGAGAAAGGCGAACCAUCUAGUUGUGAAGGAUCUAUCAAAGUUUCCCAUUUGAAUUUGGUUGACCUUGCAGGCAGUGAGAGAGCUGCUCAAACAGGAGCUGAAGGUGUGCGACUCAAGGAAGGCUGCAACAUAAAUCGAAGCUUAUUUAUUUUGGGGCAAGUGAUUAAGAAACUUAGUGAUGGACAAGUUGGUGGUUUCAUAAAUUACCGAGAUAGCAAAUUAACACGAAUUCUCCAGAAUUCUCUGGGAGGAAAUACAAAAACACGUAUUAUCUGCACAAUUACUCCAGCAUCUUUUGAUGAAACACUUACAACUCUGCAGUUUGCCAGCACUGCUAAAUAUAUGAAGAAUACUCCUUAUGUUAAUGAAGUAUCAAGUGAUGAAGCUCUCCUGAAAAGAUAUAGGAAAGAAAUAGUGGACCUGAAGAGACAAUUAGAGGAGGUAAAUAUAAGGACUCGGGCCCAGGAAAUGGAAAAAGAUCAGUUGGCCCAGCUUUUGGAUGAAAAAGAUCUGCUCCAAAAAGUACAGGAUGAAAAAAUUCAAAACUUAACAAGUAUGCUAGUUACCUCUUCUUCCCUUACAUCACAGCAGGAGUUAAAGGCUAAGAGAAAGAGAAGAGUUACUUGGUGCUUUGGCAAAAUUAGCAAAAUGAAGGACUCGAACUAUGUAAAUGAAUUCAGUUUGCCAAAAAAUGUAACAACAAAAAUGAAGACUCCCAUGAGUGUAAUAGGAGAAAUUGAUGAAUCUCUCUGCUUAGAAUCUGAUAUCUUCAGCAGCACGCUUGAUACAUUUACUGAGGUGGAGUGGAAUUCAGCAACAAAGAUACUAAAUGAGGAAAACUUUGAAAGUGAAUUGAGCUCACUCCGUGCUAAAUAUGACAAUCUGGUAUUAGAUUAUGAACAAUUAAGAAGAGAAAAUGAAGAAAUGACGUUGAAAUUAAAGGAGAAGCAUGAUUUAGAUGAAUUUGAGGCUCUAGAAAGAAGAACUGAAAAAGAUCAAGCGAUGCAACUAACUCAUGAAAUAUCCAACUUAAAGAAUUUAGUUAAGCAUGCAGAAGCAUAUAAUCAAGAUCUUGAGAAUGAACUGAGCUCAAAAGUAGAGCUGCUGAAAGAAAAGGAAGACCAGAUUAAGAAGCUACAGAAAUACAUAGACUCUCAGAAGGCAGAAAGUAUAAAAAUGGAUUCGUCAUAUUCAUUGGAGAAUAUUGAAGACUUGAAACAAAUGAAACAGACUCUGUUUGACACUGAAACUGUAGCCCUUGAUGCCAAGAGAGAAUCAGCAUUUCUCAGAAGUGAAAAUCUGGAGCUAAAAGAGAAAAUGGAAGAACUUGCAAGUACGUGCAAGCAAAUGGAAAAUGAUGUUCAAUUAUGUCAAAGCCAAUUGGAAGCAAAAAAGAAAAUUCAAUUUGACCUGGAGAAAGAAUUACAAUCAGCUUUUAAUGAAAUAUCAAAACUGACAUCUCUUAUUGAUGGCAAAGUUCCAAAAGAUUUGCUUUGUAAUUUGGAAUUGGAAAAAAAAAUUACUGAUCUCCAGAGAGAACUGAAAAAAGAAGUUGAAGAAAAUGAAGCUUUACGAAAAGAAGUUCAUUUGCUCUCAGAAAGGAAAUCUUCAAUCCCUGAAAUAGAAAUGCUAAGAAAAGAGUUAAAUGAUAAAUCUGAAGAGAUAUGCAUAAUAGCAUCAGAAAAGGACAAAUUAUUAUCUGAAACAGUUCAUAAAGAGAAUAGAAUUCAAGAUUUACUUGAAGAAAUUGAAAAAACUAAAGAUGACCUAGCAACUAUUCAGUUGAAUUAUGAAAGCACCGAUAAAGAAUUACAAGAGUUCAAGAACCUUCAUCUGGAAUUUCAGCAAAAGUAUGAUAAGGUCUUAGAAGAAAAUAAGAGAUUGAAUCAAGAAAUUGGAAAUCUCUCGGAAGAAGCACAAAAAUUUGGUUCAAGUUUGGAAGUUUUGCAGUCUGAGCUGUCUCACAAGACUCAAGAGCUUAACCAGAAAACAAGUGAGGGGCAAGAAAUAUUAAAUGAAAUGGAACAGCUGAAGGAACAGUUAGAAACCAGAGAUUUGAAGCUUCAGACUGCUGAAAGGGAGAAAACUCUGCUGGCUGAGAAGCUUCAGCAAAGCUUGGAGGAGAUGAGAAUGUUAGGCCAAGAAAACGAUGACCUAAAGCAACUCCAAGAGAGCCUUCAAACGGAGAGGGACCAGCUCAGAAGUGAUAUUCAGGACACAGUGAACAUGAACAUAGAUACACAAGAACAAUUGCGGAAUGCUCUUGAGUCAUUGAAACAACACCAAGAAACAAUUAACACACUAAAAAUGAAAAUUUCUGGGGAAACAGCCGGGAAUUUGCAGUUGGAGGAGAACAUGGUAGAGACAGAAGAUGAGUCACAGAAAAAGAUGGCUGCCAUAGAUAAGCAGAAUUUGCAAGACCAAAAAUCUGAAACAUUCAUUGCAGAUUUAAUACAGGAGAAAAAUGAACUCCAACAAAUGUUAGAGAGUAUUGUAUUAGAAAAGGAACAGUUGAAGUCAGACCUGAAAGAAAAUAUUGAAAUGACUAUUGAAAACCAGGAGGAGUUAAGAAUUCUUGCAGAUGAACUGAAAAAGCAACAAGAGAUUGUUGCAGAAGAAAAGAACCAUACGUUAAAGAAGGAAGAAGAACUUUCUAGGGCCCGUGUGAAACUGGCAGAAGUCGAAGAAAAAUUAAAGGAAAAGAGUGACCAGCUCCAAGAAAAGCAGCAACAACUUCUUAGUGUGCAAGAAGAGAUGAGCGAGAUGCAGAAGAAGAUGAGUGAAAUGGAGAAUUUAAAGAAAGAACUCCAGAAUCGAGAGUUAAGUUUGGAACAUACGUCAACACAGGGGCUUGUGUCGGCUCAGAAACGGCAAGAAAAUUAUGAAGAAAAGAGCUCUAUAACCAAGGAAAGAGAUGACCUAAAGGAAUUACAGGAAACAUUUAAAGUAGAGAGAGACCAGCUCAAAGAAUAUAUAAAAGAAAUUGAAGCUGCAGACCUACAAACAAAAGAGGAACUAAAAAUCGCUCACAUGCAUCUAAAAGAACAGCAAGAAACCAUUGAUGAACUAAGAAGAAACAUUUCUGAGAAGACAGCUCAGAUAAAAAAUACUCAGGAGGGGCUCGAGAGAUCCAGCGCCAAAUUACAAGAAAAGAAAUCGGGGCUUCAUGUGGAACAGGAGCCAGUAGCUGAUGUGAAAGAAGCCAGUGUGACUGAGGAAACAGCGCCUGAGCUGCAGGUACUCAAAGAACCAUUCAAAAGCAAGGAGUCAGCAACACCAGCAGACAUAGAAAUGGAAAGGCUAACUGAGAAACUUCAAGAAAGUCAGGAGGAGAUACUGUCUCUAACGAAGGAAAGAGAUAACCUUAAGUUGAUAAAAGAAGCACUUCAGCUUGAAUGUGACCAACUGAAAGAAGGCAUGCAAGAAACUUUGGCUAAGCUUCAAGAGACUCAAGACAAGCAAGAAACAUUCUUCACUAUGAAAGAUGAUGAUGAGACUAGUAAAAUCAUGAAUGAGAUGGAAAAAUUGAAGGAAGAAUUCAAAGUCAAAGAUUUGGCGCUAGAAAGACUAGAAAUGGAAAAACUGGAAUUGUCUGAGAGACUUCAAGAAAGUCAAGAUGAAGUAAAGUCUGUGGCCAAGGAGAGAGAUGACCUGCAGAGGCUACAAGAAGCUCUUCAGUCAGAAAGGGAUCAACUUAGAGAAAAUACACAAGAGAUCAGAGCUAAGCACCUAGAAACGGAAGAGGAACUUAAAGCUGUUCGUUGUUGCCUGAAAAUAAAGGAGGAAACUAUAGAUAAGUUGAGAGUGAAUCUUUCAGAGAAAGAAACUGAAGUCUCACGCAUACAAAAAGAAUUAGAAACAACCAGUGUUGAAUUACAGAAAAAGAUCCAGGAGUUUCAUAAGAAAUCAGAACAACUUAUUAGUAUAGAAGAAAUUAGUGAAACUCCAGGGAAAAUAAAUGAAUUGGAACAAUUCAAGGAACUUCUCAAAGCCAAAGAAUCAAUGCUACAAAAUACAGAAAGUGAGAAGGUCAAGUUGACUGAGAAACUUCAAGAAAGUCAGGAAGAAGUAAGAAUUGUAAUUAAUGAAAGAGAUAAAUUGAAAAGGGUGCAGGAGGCCCUUGAAAUAGAAAGAGAACAGCUAAAAAAUAAGAUUGAAGAAAUUUCAAAUAAAAUCCAGGAACUUGAAGAAAAAGAACAGCAAUAUAUUCAGGUAAAAGAUGUUGGUGAAUCUCAAGAAAACGUGCGUGACAUAGAGCACUUGAAAGAGCAGCUUGAGACCCAGAAAUCAGUUCUGGCAAACGUAGAAAUGGAGAACGUACAGCUGAAUCAGAGACUCCAGGAAAACCUUGAAGAAAUGAGAUCUGUAUCAAAAGAAAGAGAUGACCUUAGGGAAGUGGGUGAGACCCUCAGAACCGAAAGAGACCAGCUCAAGGAAAACCUAAGGGAAAGUAUAACUAAAGACCUGGAAAAACAAGAGGAACUAAAAAUGGCACACAUGCACCUGAAAGAACACCAAGAAAUUGUUGAACAACUACGAGGGAUUAUUUCAGAAAAGAACGAUGAAAUAGCAAAUUUGCAAAUGGACUUUGAAAACUCAAAUGCCACCUUAAAAGCUAAGUUCGAGGAACUUGAAGAAAAAGAAUGUCAACUUAUUAAAGCAAAAAAUGAUCUCCAAGAAAAAAUGUAUCAAACAGAACAACUGAAGAAGCAAUUAGAGUCCCAGAAUUCAAUUCUGGAAAGUACAGAAAUGGAAAAGUUAAGAUUGUCUCAAAAACUUCAUAAACACCUUGAAGAAAUAAAAUUUGUUACUAAGGAAAAUGAUGACCUAAAAAGAACAGAAGAAACCCUCAAAGUGGAACGAGACCAACUUAGGGAGUGCCUUCGAGAGACAGAAGCUAAAGAUCUGAGAAAACAAGAGGAACUAAGUAUUGCUCAUAUGGAUCUGAAAGACCACCAGGAAACUGUUGAUAAACUCCGAGAGAUUAUUUCUGAGAAGACAAGUGAAAUACUAACUAUGCAAAGUGAUUUAGGAAAGUCAAAUGCUAAAUUACAAGAAAAGGAUCGAGAACUUAAAGCAAACGACCAUCAGCUGUGUAAAUUAAAAGACGGUGUCCGUGAACUGCAAAAACAACUGAAAGAGCAAGGCUUAACUCUCAAUAAAAUUGAAAUGGAGAAUUUAAGUUUGGCCCAGAAACUUCAUGAAAACCUUGAGGAAAUGAAAUCUGUAAUGAAAGAACGAGAUAGUUUGAAGAGAGUAGAGGAGAGCCUCAGGCUGGAGAGAGACCAACUCAAGGAAAAUCUACAGGAAACCAUAGCUAGAAAUCACACAGAGCCAGUAAGACACGGGAAACUGUUAAUGGCUGAUGAAGAAGUACAUCUUACAGAAAACCUGAGAGAAAAAUGCAUUAGGAUAAAAGAGCUUCUAAAGAGAUACUCAGAGAUGGAGAAUCAUUACGAGUGCUUGAAUAGAAUGUCUUUGGAUUUGGAGAAGGAAAUUGGAACCCAAAAAGAGCUUUCAAUUAGAAUAAAAGCAAACCUGGCACUUUCAUGUCCACAAGCGAGACAGAUUCAAAAACUUCUUACUGCAAACCAAAGAUGUUCCAUGGAAUUCCACAGAAUCAUGAAGAAACUUAAGUAUGUGUUAAGCCAUGUUACAAAAAUAAAGGAAGAACAACAUGAAUCCAUCAAUAGAUUUGAAAUGGCUUUUAUCAAUGAAGUGGAAAAGCAAAAUGAAUUGCUAAUUAAAAUAAAACACCUUCAACAAGAUUAUGAUGUCCCAUCUAAAGACGAAAGGGUCCUCAGAUUGAAGCAGAAUCUGGAUCAACACAUUGAGGAAAUUCUCAAAGAUUUCUCAGAAGGUGACUUCCCCAGCAUAAAGGCUGAAUUCCAACAAAUGCUAACUAACAGGAAGGAGAUGACUCAGUUUUUAGAAGAGUGGUUGAAAAUUCACUUUGAUGAAGAAAAACUUACAAAUGGCAUCCAAAAAGAAAAUGAUAGCAUUUGUCAAGUAAAUAACUUCUAUAAUAACAAAAUAAUUGCUGUAAUAAAUGAGUCUACAGAGUUUGAAGAAAGAAGUGCUGCUGUAUCGAAAGAGUGGGAACAUGACCUGAAAUCAAUGAAAGAGCAGAGUAAAAAGCUGUUUAAAGACUAUGAGGCCUUGAGGAUCUCCAUGGUACCUGGUGCCCAUGUUCCUGCUGUGCCAGACAUUAAGAAUUCUCAUGUUACUUCAAGAACUACACAACUAAGCACAGAGAGAAUUAAAGAGCUGGAAACUAAACUACAUGAAGCUAAAGAAAGUGCUAUAUAUAAGGAAGGCAAAAUUGUAAAGAUGCAGAAAGAACUUGACAUGACUAAUGACAUAAUAGCAAAACUUCAAGCCAAAGUUAAUGAGUCAAAUAAAUGCCUUGAAAAAACAAAAGAAAUGGUUCAAGUACUUCAGGAUAAAAUUGCUUUAGGAGCUAAGCCCUAUAAAGAAGAAAUUGAAGAUCUCAAAACAAAGCUGGUGAAAAUUGAUCUAGAGAAUGUGAAAAAUGCCAAGGAAUUUGAAGAACAAAUUAAGUCUACAAAAGCCACUGUAGAAUAUCAAAAAGAAGUUAUAAGAGCAUUGAGAGAAAAUCUUAGAAGAAAUCAGCAUGAGCAGGAUACCUCAAUAAUAUCAGAACAUGUUGAUACCCAGCCUUCAAAUAAACCCUUAACCUGUGGCGGUGGCAGUGGCAUCGUACAAAGCACAAAAGCACUUAUUUUGAAAAGUGAAUAUAUAAGGCUAGAAAAGGAAAUUUCUAAGUUAAAGCAGCAAAAUGAGCAUCUUACAAAGCAAAAGAAUGAAUUGUUAAGCAACAAUCAUCAUCUGUCCAAUGAAGUCAAAAUUUGGAAGGAAAGAACUCUUAAGAAAGAGGUUUAUAAAGAAGUGACUUCUGAAAAUUCUCCAAAGUCUCCGAAAGUGAUUAGAACAGAUUCUAAAAGGAGGCCAAACAUCCCUUCCCAAUGCAAGGAACGGAACUUACAAGAUCCUGUGCCAAAGGAAUCACCAAAAUCUUUUUUUUUUGAUAACCGACCAAAGUCUUUACCAUCACCUCAUCCAGCUCGCUAUUUUGAUAACUCGGGUUUAGGCCUUUGCCCAGAGGAACAAACUGUGGAAGCAGAGAAUGUGGAUCCUCAGCCGGCACCUUGGCACGCCUCCUCAGAGAAAGAUGGGCCCGAGUGCAGAACUCAGUAGCAGACCCCUCUGGAGUCUCGGCAUUUCUUGUGAGGAACUUGAACUAUCUAUCCCUCGAAAUGAUAUCACAGUCUAACUUAAUCUCAAUUUAGUUUUCACUUUGCCACUAGAGUUUGAAGAUGAAGGAACACAAAAUCAGUGCUUUCCAAUAAUUAGAGUGGUUAUUGCAGUACCCUCUCACACAUGGAGAUAUUUGCAUGUGAAACGUUGAAAUAUUUUAUUUAUUUAUAUAUUUUUAAAUAAAGUUAUUGGAAAUUUC